UGGUCGUGGGGGAGCCGGGACCGGGACGGGACAGCGGCUGGUCGGGGAUGCCGGGAUGGGACGGCGGACAGUCAGGGUGUCCCGGGAGCGGACAGUCAGGGGCUGCGGGCACGGGGCAGCGCCCGGGCUCCUCUCGUGUCCCGGCGCCAUGGCUAGCUACUCGCCUGACUGUGACAGCUAUGGUUCACAUACAUGUCCAAGGGACUACCAUCCAGUUUGUGGCACGGAUGGAGAGACCUAUGGAAACGAGUGUGUGCUCUGCCUUGCUAACAGGGAAGAGCACAAGCAUGUAAAAAUUGUUCGACGGGGAACUUGCUGAUAUGACAGAUGACCACUUUUCAGGAAAAUAAGAGGGUCACAGCCAGUCCAAAUGGAAACAAUGCCUUAGAUGUACCUUUUAAGUAGCCUGUCUUAAUAAACAAGCUUGCAUAUUU